GACAACAGCUGGGCUGGUCUGCAAGAGAGAGGUCAUCUGACUGGCUGCUCAGCCUAGGCUGUCCACCCCUCUCCUCUGCCAGGCUACUCCGGAGCUGGUGCCUGCACACUUCAAGCCGCCAAACCAUAACACCCGUCUCACCUCUAGCACCUUUGGCGGAAGCCAGCUGCCUAAGCCAUGUCCGUGAGCUGUGCACCACUGGGAACAUCUCUGACUCAAGAGAUCCUCAGCUCCCUGGGCCUUGCCGACAAGACUUCGGCCUGGGGGACCCUGGGCACCCUCCGAACAUUCUUGAGCUUCAGUGUGGACAAGGAUGUACAAAGACUGCUGAAGGCUAUUACAGGCCAAGGUGUGGACUGCGGUACCAUUGUGGAUGUACUGACCAAUCGGAGCAGAGAGCAAAGACAGCUCAUUUCUCGAGCCUUCCAAGAGCGCACCAAACAGGAUCUAUUGAAGUCCUUGCGGGCAGCACUCUCAGGCAACCUGGAGAAAGUCGUGGUGGCUCUCCUACAGCCGGCAGCCCAAUUUGAUGCCCUGGAAUUGAGGACAGCCUUGAAGACCUCUGGUUCCGCUGAGGAUGUAGCCCUGGAAAUCUUGGCCACCCGAGCAGCACCCCGGCUGCAGGAGCUCCUGGCAGUGUACAAGCAUGAUUUCCAGGUGGAGGCUGAGGAAGAUAUCAGGACUGAGACCAAUGGCAUCCUGCAGGACCUGCUUCUGGCCCUGAGCAAGGGGGGCCGUGAGAGCUACUCUGGAAUCAUUGAUUACCACUUGGAAGAACAAGAUGUCCAGGCACUUCAGCAGACUGGAGAAUCCAGUACAGCAGGUCAAUGGGUCCUGCUCUUCACACAACGCAGCCCUGAACACCUCACCCGAGUGUUUGAUCAGUACCGGAGAUGCACUGGCCAGGAACUGGAGGACACUAUCCGGAAGUGUUUCCAUGGAGAUGCCCAGCUGGCCCUGAUCAGCCUAGCUUCCAUGAUGAGAAACACAGCACUGUACUUUGCUAACAAACUCCACCAAGCCCUUCAGGAAACUGAGCCCAAUUUCCAAGUGCUGAUGCGGGUCCUUAUCUCCCGAAGCGAGAGUGACCUUCUAAGCAUUCGGGCUGAGUUCAAGAAGAAAUUUGGGAAGUCUCUCUAUUCUUCUCUCCAGGAUGCAGUCAGAGGAGAUUGUCGUUCUGCACUGCUGGCCCUGUGUAGAGCUGAAGACAUCUGAGGCCUUCCUGACCCACCCUGACAUGACAUUCAAAACAAUCUGAGAUUUCCAUAUUUGGUGGAACACAUGGAAGAACCCCAAGGAACACCAUAUACUCUAACUUCCUCUUGAGGCUGGACCUCUAAAUUUCUUUGAUAUCUUUGGAUUUCCCUCUUCUCAAAGUGGCGUCUUCGAGCUCCAUUCUAGAGAGGAGUAACAGGAGGUCUCUGAUAGUGUCUGCCCCAGUCAGUCCCUCCAAAGGCCAGAACAUCUCCCUGGUAGUCAAACGUUUUGGCAAUUCACCGUCGUUUUAUGUUUCCUGGUUAAAGUUUGGGUGGAGGAGGGAGGCCAUGGAGUUGAGGUGCCUUUGAAGUCUGUUCAGCCAUUCAACAGGAAUCCUGUUUUUACCCCAGCACUGCACUUAAGAGUUAUCAACAUACCCCACCCCUGGGUCUCCUCCCUAGGAAAUCUCAGGCAAUUAAUAACAGUAACAGCCCCCAAAUUCACUUUGUCAAAGCAGGGAUUUGAAAAUACACCUCCAACUAGA